CAGACGAGGUUUCGUGUGUGGGAGCCAGUGCAGGAGGGACCGAGUACGUGAAAGCGACUCGAUCAAGGAGAAGAAACCUUCACCGAGGCGCACUUGGGGCCCACCCUGGACAUGUGCUCGAAGCACGGAUCUUAGCUUACAAAGGCCGUAUUUCACGUGUCCAUGUCAUCCACUCUGCGGUCAUCAACUCACCAAUGGCCAUCAAUCGCAUGUUCAUAACCGCAGCUUUGUUAGAGUCUAUUCUCUAUGGAGUCAACUGCGUGCUUUUUGGCGUAUGUAUGUAUGCCCUGUUUAGUGCGCCCAAACAGCUGCAUUGGAUCUUGAAUACUCUUUUAUGCGUUUUCCACAUCUCAAUCGCGACAGCACACAACAUCCUCUCCCUUCUUCUCUUUCUGGAGGCCUUUACAAAUCCUGCUAUAGUAUCAAUUCCAGAUGGAACUAUCAUAUACUUGUUCAAGAGCACACCUUUCACGGAGACGAUGGGGGGUUUGUUUCUUCUCAACGGCCUCGCUCUAAAUUUACUGCUGAUCUGGAGGCUUUGUGUGGUUUGGAAUUGCAGGUGGAUCGUUGCUUUUGUCAUGCUAAUUCUGGAAGCUACACAAUUCGCAACUGGUGUCGCAAACUUGGUCAUGCUCAUAACCAAUCGCAUCUUCUCGAAUACUGCCAUAGCUUUGGGAAAUACUAGUUGCGCAUGCGAUCUUGCUCUUACUAUCAGUGUCACGUCCGGAAUCGCAUAUCGUCUUUGGCGGGCGAGCCGAGAUGUAUCUGGUCUAGCCAGUCACAAUUUCUACAAAACUGCCAUAUAUGCUGUCAUCGGGUCCGGUGCGAUCUAUACCAGUAGCAUAGUGGUCGUGUGCGCUCUGUACCAGUCCAGCAGCAAUGCUUUCGGCGUGGCAAUGAAUGUUGCUAUCCAGAUUUCUACUUUGACACCACUUCUUAUCAUCGCCAGUGUUAGCUUUGGGCUGAUGCACAGUGCAUAUCAUGAGCCAUCAACAUUUACGGAGCCCACUUUCACUCGACCAAUCCAGAUUACAAUCACCCAGGAGACCCGUACCCACCCUAUAUACACUAUGGAUUCUAGUACAGAAUCUACUGAAAAGACUCGGAGCGUACGGGUAUAUCAUGACGACGUAUAGUGAAAUUGGCUAGGAGUAUCGCACGGAUUCAAUUUCUCCUAUCGACGGAGGGAGUGUAGCCGUGCCAAGAGUUUGCAGUGAUUCAUGCUGCACUUGCGUUGGAAACUCGAGGAAUCCAGGUGAAGAUCAUUCAAUGACUCCAGGAAGAACUGACAAUCCUUGAACACACGCGACGAGGUUUAGCCAUACAAGUACCGCCUUCUAUUCCUGGCACGCAGAUUUUCCUAGGCCGGACAUUCCUGGACUGGCCUUUAUGCGAGUUCUGGGAGUUUAGCGAUGGGCAGAGCCAUUGAUAUACAGUGGCACGCUAAUAGGCUUUCUGGUGUGCGAGGGAUUACUAUUCUCCAUGCUGGGAUGGGGAGUAACUAGUAGUACACCGCAACUGCAGUACAAAUAUGAAUAGUUGUCACGUGAUAUUGUAUGAAAUAUUUGUGAUUAGUGUUGUAAUGCAUCCUGCUCCUUCUGAAGU